GUGUGGUGAUAGUUAUAUGUCCGCUCGUGAAAGAGCCUUUAGCAAAAUGCCGUACUGGAUAGCACUGCGAAGUUGCAUGCACAUGUAUAGAUGUGGAGAAAAUUUCUAGUGCACUCAUCCCGUUUCUUAGAUGGGAUUUCUCGAUAUCAAUACAUGUAAAUGUCGUUGAAUUCCAUGAUCAGUAUGGUUUGUUGUGGAGAAUUUAUGUUUUCAAACAUAUUUCAUUGCGAUAUCUGGGCCUGUCAUUCAUUGUUAUAUAAUGGCGGAAGAUCGAGGUCCUGAGAUUGCUGUUGUUCUUUGUGUCUUCAUGGGACUUUCGUGGCUGUUUUUUUCUCUUAGGGUCAUUGUCCGUUUAUUUAUUACGAAAUCUUGGAGCUUUGAUGAUUCUUUGCUUGUGGUGUCACUCUUUCUAUACACUCUCUACGGCGCAGCAGGAUUACGAUCUGUGAAAUUUGGGAGUGGACAACACACCGAUCAGAUUUCACGAGAAGAUCUCCCUCGAGCUCUGCGGGCAUGGUGGUUUGACGAAAGCCUCUAUGCCCUCACAACUCUUUUUGUUCGCCUUUCAAUCUCUGUGUUCCUUCUCAGAUUGUCCACUCGCUCACUACAUAAGAGCAUCAUCUACGCAACCCAAGCUUCUGUCCUUAUUUUUACCAUUGUUUUCAUUGUUCUCGUUGUUUGUCAAUGCACCCCAUUUGACUAUUUCUGGAAGCAAUAUGAAGGUGCAACAGGCUUCUGCGUAGAUAGCAGUAUAGUUCCAGCAGCCAGCGUAGCACAUUCCGUUAUAGGAUUUACUGUGGACUGGACGCUUGGUCUCUUGCCUAUCUGUAUUAUGUGGGAUUCGAAGAUCAGUAUGAAGGCCAAAGUCUCUAUUUCCGGUGUUCUUUCUCUUGGCUUACUAGCUGGAAUUGCGACAAUAAUACGCAUACCUUUUAUCAAAGUCCUGCCAAUUACGAAUGAUUUUCUAUACGCAACCACAGAUAUAGCUAUCUGGUCUACCGUUGAGCCCGGCCUCGGAAUAAUUGCAUUCAGUGGCGCGACUCUCCGCCCUCUUCUCCGUCUCUUCUUCCCCAAAACUUUCUCUUCACUUUGUCCCAAUGAAUCUCUCGGUCAAAUCCAACCAUAUAGAACCACUUAUACCGAAAGGCCAAACUAUAUAUAUAAUAUGAAUCUCAUCGCCAAUAAACGAGCUUCCACGUAUCGAGAUUCAAAUUCUACAUAUACGGCUUUUGAUCAAGAUUCGAGGGUCUCGAGUUUUACUUCAUUUUCUUGCAGUACUUUAGUUGAUAGUGCGAGAAGUUCUAGAAGUGCAAUUGGCAUGGAUAAGGGGAGAAUGGGGAGCGUCGGAAUACUGGGAGGAUUGAGGAUGUCGGGGUUUAGCGUCAGAGAGGUGGAUGAGGAGUUCUUUUGCGAAGGAGAAUCGGGAGACAAGAAGAUAGAGAAGGAAGGAAGGGUACAGGUUACAAUUGAAGAGCUUUCAGACGAGAGUAUAGAGGGUAUAGAUAUGGAGGUGAGAAGCAGAACAAACUCGAUGAUGAAAACAGAGGAUAUGCAGUGGCCUCUCGAGAGUGGGAGUGGAGGUUUGAGUGUAAGGACUUUGACAAACGAGCUGUUUGAAAAUAGGGAGUGGCCGUUGAGGCCAAGGAGUGAUAGUGUGAGGACUUUGGUCAAUUCUAGGUGUUCUUCUAUGGGACCGGUUGGGACUGUAAGAGAUAUGGUUUAGCUAUUGAUUUUUGUUUGAGAAAAUAGGUCGGGUUUUCGGUCUGGUGCUUUGAGAGGGGUUAGAUGAUAGGCGUUUAAAACUCAGGCCAUACUAAUGGACGCCGGCUGGAUAUAUAAUGUGAGGUUUCGUCGUAUAUAAAAAUAUAGACAGAAGAGAAGGUAACAUUAGAAGAAACAUAACAUUGUAAAAAAGACUUGAAAGGAUUCUCUUGCCAAAAUCUCAGUCGGGACACA